CUUAACUCCUGUGUCUCACGUGGUUCGAGCGAGCCAGCAUGCUGGUGAUCCUGCUGAACUGUGUGACGCUGGGCAUGUUCCACCCCUGUGAGGACAGCAAAUGCAUCUCCAAGCGCUGCAAGAUCCUACAGGAUUUUGAUGACUUCAUCUUCGCAUUCUUUGCUGUGGAGAUGGUUAUAAAGAUGGUGGCUCUGGGGAUCUUUGGAAAGAAGUGCUACCUUGGAGACACGUGGAACCGACUAGACUUCUUCAUCGUGCUGGCUGGGAUGCUGGAGUACUCGCUGAACCUGCAGAACGUCAGCUUCUCUGCCGUCCGAACUGUCAGGGUGCUGCGUCCUCUCCGAGCCAUCAACCGAGUUCCCAGUAUGCGGAUCUUGGUUACUCUGCUGCUGGACACCCUCCCCAUGCUGGGAAAUGUGCUGCUGCUGUGUUUCUUCGUCUUCUUCAUCUUCGGCAUCGUGGGAGUGCAGCUGUGGGCGGGGCUGCUCCGAAACCGCUGCUUCUUGCCUGAGAACUUCACCCUUCCCAUGUCCUUAGGGCUGCACGACUACUAUCACACAGAGAACGACGACGAGAACCCCUUCAUCUGCUCGCAGCCGCGUGAGAACGGCAUGCGGCACUGCAACGCCCUGCCCAAGCUGCACGAGGACGGGCUGCAGUGCCAGCUGGACUACAGCGCCUACAACAGCACCGACAACACCACCUGCGUCAACUGGAACAACUACUACACCAACUGCUCUGCCGGGAACCACAACCCCUUCAAGGACGCCAUCAACUUUGACAACAUCGGCUACGCCUGGAUCGCCAUCUUCCAGGUGAUCACUCUGGAGGGAUGGGUGGACAUUAUGUACUUUGUGAUGGACGCCCACUCCUUCUACAAUUUCAUCUACUUCAUCCUCCUGAUCAUAGUAGGGUCCUUCUUCAUGAUAAACCUGUGCCUGGUGGUCAUCGCCACACAGUUUUCGGAGACCAAGCAGAGGGAGAGCCAGCUGAUGAAGGAGCAACGGGUGCGCUUCAUGUCCAACGCCAGCACGCUGGCCAGCUUCUCCGAGCCGGGCAGCUGCUACGACGAGCUGCUCAAGUACCUGGUGUACGUGGUGCGCAAAGCCAGCCGGCAGCUGGGCCAGCUGACCCGGGCGGCGGCCGUCCGGGCCGGGCUGCGGGUGCGACCGACGCCGGUGCCCGAGGAGGCCUCGCGCAAGCGGAGGCGGCGGAAGCAGAAGCAGGGCUCCGUCCACCACCUGGUGCACCACCACCACCAUCACCACCACCACUAUCACCUGGGCAACGGCAGUGUCCACCUGGACCGCCCGGCACCCCAGCUGGGAGACGUGGAGACGGGUUCGCUGCACAACGGCAACGGCGCUGGUCGCCUCAUGCUUCCGGCGCCUGCAUCCGCCACCCUGAGCCCCCCCGUGCCCUCCCUCCCCCCUCCCGCGCCCAGCAGCGCAGAGUCCGUGCGCAGUGUUUACCACGCCGACUGCCACCUCGAGCCACUCAGAUUUACCCCGUCCCCAACCUUCGCCCCUGCCCCACACCGGCAGGGCCUCAAGAGGAACUCUAUGCCCUGCACCAUGCCCACAGCACCCAAAAACUACCCCACAUUGCACCCCUCCUCCUCCCUGGAGCAGCCCAUUCAGAGGGCCCUAGCAGACCCUGCGGGCAGCAGCUGUGGUGCCAGCAUCCUCACCAACCUCAACAUACCGCCACCAGCCCUCGGCAUGUCCCAGUGCCUGGUGGAAACGCACAGCCCAACAGGCUCAGGCAAGGGCCUCUGCAAGCUGACCAGCACCAACUGUAGCAGCAGCAACAUAGACGCCAGCAUGACCUUUGACCCAGAGAACUGCCCCUACUGCGCCAAGUCCGCAUGCAACGAUUCAGAAGGCACCGAGGGGAACGAGACCCACGACUCGGACAGCGAGGGAGUUUACGAGUUCACGCAGGACGCGCACUACCGAGACAGCAGGGACCCCAACAAGGCGGGGUCCAUCAGGACAAAACUGGGAGCUCGCACUCAGGUGGUGCUGCGCUUCUGGAGGCUGGUGUGCAACACUUUCCGCAAGAUUGUGGACAGCAAGUACUUUGGCCGAGGCAUUAUGAUUGCCAUCCUCAUCAACACGCUCAGCAUGGGCAUCGAGUACCACGAGCAGCCUGAUGAGCUGACCAAUGCCCUGGAGAUCAGCAACAUUGUCUUCACUAGUCUCUUUGCUCUGGAGAUGCUGCUGAAGGUUUUGGUGUACGGCCCCUUCGGCUACAUCAAGAACCCUUAUAACAUCUUUGAUGGCAUCAUCGUGGUGAUCAGCGUAUGGGAGAUAGUUGGCCAGCAAGGCGGGGGUCUCUCGGUGCUGCGGACCUUCCGGCUGAUGCGGGUGUUGAAGCUUGUGCGCUUCAUGCCAGCUCUGCAGAGGCAGCUGGUGGUGCUGAUGAAGACCAUGGACAAUGUGGCAACCUUCUGCAUGCUCCUCAUGCUCUUCAUCUUCAUCUUCAGUAUAUUGGGAAUGCACCUGUUUGGCUGUAAGUUUGGUUCUGAGCGGGAUGGGGAUACUCUGCCAGACCGCAAGAACUUUGAUUCUCUGCUCUGGGCAAUUGUCACAGUGUUCCAGAUUUUGACACAGGAAGAUUGGAACAAGGUGCUGUAUAACGGCAUGGCCUCCACCUCUCCAUGGGCGGCACUCUACUUCAUCGCUCUCAUGACCUUUGGCAACUAUGCCCUCUUCAACCUGCUGGUUGCCAUUUUGGUGGAAGGGUUCCAAACUGAGGAAAUAGCCAAGAGGGAGGACAUGCAUGGCCAGCUCAGUUGCAUUCAGCUUCCAGUAGACUCAGGGGGGGAUGCGUCCAAGUCCGAGUCCGAGGUCGACUUCUACACUCGGAGCAUGGAUGACGUGAGCGGAAGUAAGAAAGAUGUGUCCACUUCCUCAGUGGUGCCCAUUAACGGGCAUGUGGACAUGAAGACCAGCCUGACACCCCCCCUCAUCACCCACACCGCUGCUACGCCCAUGCCCGUACCCAAGAUCUCGGCUGCAGGGGACCUGGCCCUGGGCUCGGAGUCCCGCAGGGGCAGCAACGUGUCGGUGGACCCCAGCUGCUAUGAUGUCAGGUCUCCGACGAGUGCGCGCAGUUCCCCAUACGCUCCCUGGAGCACGGCCAGCAGCUGGAACAGCCGGCGCUCCAGCUGGAACAGCCUGGGCAGGGCACCCAGCCUCAAGAGGCAGAAGCGGCAGUCUGGGGAGCGCCGCUCGCUGCUGUCGGGGGACGGCCAGUCCAGCUCCGACGAGGAGGGGGGCGGCGGGGGGGCCUCCGAGGGCGACGACGGCUCCCUCUCCAGGACGGACUCCCUGCACCACCCGCAGCACCGGCGCAUGGAGUCCCUGGAGACCAAGAGCUCCUUCGACCUGCCGCCCGACACGCUCCAGGUGCCCUCCUACCUGUACCGCUCGGCCAGCAUGCACAGCACCCGGCCCCCCAACCUCAUCUCGGCCGAGCACCAGGACUGCAACGGCAAGACCUCCCCCACCACCACCCUGCCCCCGCAGCUGUCCCUGGAUGACCCACACAAUGAGGAGGACAACGGGGACGACGAGGUCAACAUGAGUCGCAGGGCCAGGUUGAUCAGGUGGUUCGAGAGGAGGCAACCGGAGUGGUGUCGCCAGAGGAACACCUGGUCCCUCUACCUGUUCCCUCCCCAGUCCAGGUUUCGUAUAACGUGCAAUAAGAUCAUCGGUCACAAGAUGUUUGAUCACGUUGUGUUGAUCAUCAUCUUCCUCAACUGCAUCACCAUUGCCAUGGAGAGGCCCAGGAUCGAUCCUACCAGCGCUGAGCGCAUCUUUCUGACCGUGUCCAACUAUAUCUUCACCUCCAUCUUUGUGGCCGAGAUGACAGUAAAGGUGGCGGCUCUCGGCAUGUGCUUCGGUGACAAGGCCUACCUGAAGAGCAGCUGGAACAUCCUGGACGGCAUGCUGGUGAUGAUCUCCGUUAUCGACAUCCUGGUGUCCAUGAUCUCCAACAGCGGCACCAAGAUCCUGGGCAUGCUCCGUGUGCUGCGGCUCCUCAGGACCCUGCGGCCCCUCAGGGUGAUCAGCCGAGCUCCAGGCCUCAAGUUAGUGGUGGAGACCCUGAUGUCCUCUCUGAAACCCAUCGGGAACAUUGUGGUCAUCUGCUGUGCCUUUUUCAUCAUCUUUGGCAUCCUGGGAGUGCAGCUCUUCAAGGGAAAGUUCUUUGUGUGUCAGGGGGAGGACACCAGAAAUAUCACCAACAGGUCUGACUGUAUUCUGGCCAAUUACAAGUGGAUCAGGCACAAAUACAACUUUGACAACCUGGGGCAGGCCUUGAUGUCUCUCUUCGUCCUGGCGUCCAAAGAUGGCUGGGUGGAUAUCAUGUACGAUGGACUCGAUGCUGUUGGGGUAGACCAACAGCCCGUGAUGAACUACAAUCCCUGGAUGCUUCUGUACUUCAUCUCCUUCCUGCUGAUCGUGGCAUUUUUCGUGCUCAACAUGUUUGUGGGCGUGGUGGUCGAGAACUUCCACAAGUGCCGACGCCACCAGGAAGCGGAGGAGGCCAAGCGACGGGAAGAGAAGCGCCUGAAGCGGAUGGAGAAAAAGAGAAGGAAUGUAAUGCUGACGGGUGUCAGUUGGGCCGGCUCUGGAGACACAGAGACAGAAGCCCAGUGUAAGCCCUACUACUCUGACUACUCCCCCACUCGGCUUUUCAUUCACAAGAUGUGCACCAGCCACUACCUGGACCUCUUCAUCACUGUGGUUAUUGGUCUCAAUGUCAUCACCAUGGCGAUGGAGCACUACCAGCAGCCAAAGGUGCUAGAUGAAGCUUUGAAGAUCUGUAACUACAUCUUCACCAUCAUCUUCGUCCUAGAAUCUGUCUUCAAGUUGGUGGCCUUUGGAUUCCGCAGGUUUUUCAAAGACAGGUGGAACCAGCUGGACCUGGCCAUCGUGCUGCUAUCCAUCAUGGGCAUCACAUUGGAGGAGAUUGAAGUCAAUGCUUCCCUGCCCAUCAACCCCACUAUCAUCCGCAUCAUGAGGGUGCUACGCAUUGCCCGCGUUCUGAAGCUACUGAAGAUGGCUGUAGGAAUGCGGGCUCUGCUGGACACAGUGAUUCAGGCCCUGCCUCAGGUGGGGAAUCUGGGACUGCUCUUCAUGCUGCUGUUUUUCAUUUUCGCUGCACUGGGAGUGGAGCUGUUUGGUGACCUGAUAUGUGACGAGCUCCAUCCAUGCGAGGGUCUGGGACGCUACGCCACCUUCAGGAACUUCGGCAUGGCCUUCCUCCUCCUGUUCCGCGUGUCCACAGGGGACAACUGGAACGGCAUCAUGAAGGACACCCUGAGGGACUGCGCGCAGGAAGCCGGCCCCUGCUACAACACGGUGGUGUCGCCCCUCUACUUCGUGUCCUUCGUGCUGACGGCGCAGUUCGUGCUGGUCAACGUGGUCAUCGCCGUCCUCAUGAAGCACCUGGAGGAGAGCAACAAGGAGGCCAAGGAGGAGGCGGAGCUGGAGGCGGAGCUGGAGCUGGAGAUGGAGCUGCAGACCAUUGGAGGGGAGGGGGGGGCCCUCUCGCCCUUGGCCCUGGGUGAAGGGAUGGGGCCUGGGGGGCCUCCCUGGAUGUCUGGGGACCUGCAGGACAGGGUAGACUCCCCCGCCAGCCCUCCAGCUGACAUCCCCAGAGACCCUGCCCACAUAACGGCAGACUCCUCUCUCUUCCCGGAGCCUGCUUUCAUGCGGAGGGCCAUGUUUGACUCAGUGUCCCUGGUGAUCCAGGGCUCGCUGGAGGGGGAGCUCAGCCUCAUGGACAACCUGUCAGGCUCCAUCUACCACUACUACGCCCUGCCCCUACUGCCCAGCAAGUACAGCGCUGAGAAACAGAUCCCUCUAGCGGAGAUGGAGGCUUUGUCUCUGGCGUCGGAGAAAUCCUGGUCCUUAGCUCUGACGGACGACUCCGUCCCAGAUGAUUUUAACCCCCUCUUACUAACCAGUCUGGAGUGCAAUACGGAGGUCCCAGACGACAGCGAGCAGCUGGAGGAGAACCUGCUGUGCGUGAGGAAGACCUCGGUGGGCCGCACCCAUUCCCUGCCCAACGACAGCUACAUGUUCCUGCCCCUGCAGAUCCCCGGGAGCUCUCCGCGGGCCCAGUCAGGUAGCGCGGCCUGUCCUGUGCGCGGCGCGGGGGCGUGUCCGCGGGGCGGCCUCUCUAGCAUGGCGUCUGUGUGUCCCUCAGGCUCCAGCAGCUCCGUGUGCUCCCAGCCCGAGGCCGCGCCGCGCCGGCUGGCCCUGCCCACCGAGGCGCCCCAGCCAAUGGGCUCCCACAGCCUCUCCGAUUCGGAGAGCAUCCCCCGCAUCCCGCCGCCCCAGCGCACACACUCCUUCACCCGCACCCUGCGCAGACAGGUCGCGGUGGCCAAUGACUCGCAGGAGGCUCUGUACACAGAGGCCGGGGAGAGCGACGUGACGCAGGGGUACAGUGGACUGUCAGUGCCCUCUGCUGGCUUCCCCUCGCAACAGCAGCCUGCGGUGCUUCUGGUUCCAGCCACGCCCGGGGCCUCUCCCAAAUCAGCACGCUCCAGCGUGCACACUCAGCACAACCCCCACGACCAGUACAAUGUCUCCAAGUCCCCCCCGGCCCCCCUCCUCCCCUCGCCCGCCGCCCGCUGCAGAACCCCCGAGAAGCAGGACGAGGACCCGGAGGUGGACCAGGAGGUGUCGCGCAUCAUCCGGGCGGGGCUGACGGGCAGCGUGGGAGGCGGCGGCAGCGGGGAGGGGCGGAGCCCCUGCCUGCGGCAGCUGAAGAAGUUCCACAGUGCGGACACUCAGGGCCGGCGGGUGCUGCUGCCGCGGCCGGCCUCCUGGCUGGACGACCCGCGGCGGCACUCCAUCGAGGUGUGCUCGUCGGUGGAGAGCAGCCCCCAGCGCAGCUCCGUCUCCUCGGGCUUCGUGUCGCGCGCCGACAGCCUGCAGCAGGCGCACCUGCCGUCCUCCCCCCGCCGCAAGAAGAAGAUGAGCCCGCCCUGCAUCUCCGUGGACCCGCCCGACGGGCAGGAGCCCGGCCCCGGGUUCCACCCCGCGCUAGGCCUGGGGAUGCCGCCCCCCCUCCCCAGCAGGGACACCUGUCUGAGGCGGCGCGCGCCCUCCAGCGACUCCAAGGACUCCUUCGACCUGAGCGGUGGGGAGGGGCUGCCCCCCGAAGGCGCCCCCAACCCAAAGCUAUUGACUCUGCCCAGCUUCUGCUACGAACAGACCAGCGGCGAGCACUAAGCACUGACCCUCGCGCACACACCAACACACACUGAAAGUGGUAGUCAUAGUAAUAAUACUGUAGAGUAAUAAUUAAAAUGAUAAUUACAACUAUGGUAAACAGUCAAUGAUCAUGAAGAAUAGUGACCAUCAUUUUUUUUUCUGUACUGCCAAAAGAAACAAACAAACAACAAAACUAUAUACAGCGGACAAAACCAGAUGUCAGAACCAGAAACCAGAGACAAUAACUAUGACUGUUCCUCCUCCGAAACACUUGCAAUCCUUUGCAGAUGAAGCCCAUGUUCUCCUCUAAGAAGCCAGCACUGGGCCAGGCAGGGUGACCUCUGUUGGCCGGUAUGGGGAUUGCUCAGUGUUGGUGCUGUGGGACUGUGCCCAGGACAGGACAGUCUUGAAGGUACAAAGCAAUAUGAACGUUUUAGAGACACUAUUUUCUUAAAUUAUUCGGCCAUAGUGUUUGUACAGGAUGUAGAAUUUUUUUAUUUCAUUCUAUUUUUAUUUGUUAUUUUUGUGAUUUCUUUUCCAAUGUUAAAUUUGUUGUUUUGUUUUAUUUUUUCACCAUAGGAUAUUUUUAGCUUUCUUGUUUUGACAAAAAAAGAAAGAAAGAACAUUUUUCCAAGUGCUGAGAUCCAUGUAUUUGUAGGAAUAAUAUAAAGAAAACAACUCAUUAAACUGCUUUUUUGAUUUCUAAGCACAAGCAAUAGACCGCAGUGCAUUGAAUAUACACAGAAAACAGAGAUUGUGUAAUUUUACAUUGAAAAAUAAGACAUGUAGGUAGGUUGGUCAAUACUCAGCCAGGUUUACCAAAAACAUGCUUUUAGGAUGUAUGCACCUGAACAGAGAAGGAUUAUCACAUUUAGUUUUUAGUCCAGGACUGUGUGAGCUCUGGAAUGGCCAGGGAAAUGCAAACGAGAGAGAUACAGGUGCUAUCCCUGUCUCCUCCACAUAUAACAUCACAGGGCCACGCCUGUUUCAUUACAUCACGUUUAAAUCGUUUCAUGUCCUGAAUCUAGGAAUUUGUCUCUAUGGUAGAUCAGCAUAUAGUACCCAGCCUAAAUGUAAUUCAGUUCAAUUCAAGGAUUUUUUUUUACAAUUUUACAUGUGACAUUCAACACAUGAUGUAUGCCUGCUGGGAAAACAUAUUUUUCAUGUAUCAGUUGUCUUUUACUGAGCAAAUUUAAAUUAUGUAAUUUAAAGGAAAAUGUGUUUUCUUAUCUUAACAUUGGCCAUUUAGAUUUGGCUAUCCACAUUACAAGCCGCGACAAGCAGUUUCAUCCCAUCAACAGUGUUUUUUGUACUUUUUCAACAUGACAGGAAAGUAAAAGCUAGCAGUCACUUGUUUUGCAGGUUGCUCUUGAAUGGAUCUUGAAGUUAUGCCUUUUAGGUAGGAUUGAAAAAUCCUUGAUGUGACAUCAGUUCCACCAGUAAAAGAGCUGUGCCUAUUUUUGUUGAUUAUUUUUGUUUAUUUAUUUAUUAUUUAUUAUAGUCACAAACUGGAUUCUGCUUUUCUCUUCACUCACAAUCAGGACUCACAUUAGAUUUAUACAUUGUGUGUAACCACCCUAGUGAAAUCAGGUGGAUUCCUCUUUAGGGUCAGAAUAGUAGCACUUUGUUAUUGCUGUUUUAUUGGUAUAACGACUCACUUUGAUGAGUUACUGUAUAUUAAAACUAGCUAUAAAUUAGAGCCUUCGUUUUUACAAAGUUAUUAAUGAAUUAUUGAAUGUAUUUUUUUUCUUUAUCUAUUAAGUUGUUAUAACUUAGUUUGACAGACGGAACCCAAGUUAUCUAGGAAGAUAAUGGAAAAUCCACAAUAUUUCAAAUGAGGUCAUUUUCAAUGUAAGAUUUACCAAACUCCUCACAGGCAGUGGCUAGAGAGUUAUGUGAGUCAGAAGAUUUCAUUGUUAGAGAAAACUAAAUGGAUUCCAAACUCGAAAGAACAAAAAUUUAAAAAAUGCAGCACACUGUAAUUAAAAUGAAGAAAACCCUAUAAAUCCAAUCAUCUUGACUCAAAAUAUCAAGAAAGACACGGUUUACAACGAACAGGCUUCUGCCAUCCCAGAUGAAUGAAACUACAUUAUAGACAUCACAGCUGAAAAACAAGUGCCAUGUCCCCAAGCUAUGAAAACAAUGGAGAGCUUGUUAAACUCCGCUCUUAUCAACGCAGAGACCGAGGUGGCUGAGGGGGAAAGCUUCCUGACAACACCUGGCCUAAUUAUGACUUCACCAGCAGGAGUACCUGCAGCACACGCUGAACAGCUGGUAUUGUGACUGCCGAUUUCAGAUUGGAUUUUACAUUAUUAAACACACUUGUGUGAAUACCGUCCUGCAA